UUGAACCAAACCUUUAAGUUUGGGUGACUGGUUUCCUUUUUCUUCUGGGUUUUCCAUUUACAUUGUUUAAAGCUGUAUGGAGUUUAUAGCAAGAACUUGUGUAUACUGGUUUUUGGAGGCCGGGAUUUGGUCACUGUAAAUAUUAGCUUAGCUGAGAAAGGAAUUUGUUGUUUCUUGCUAAGAGGAGAUAGAAAAUAGUAAGAGGGCACGCAACCACAAUCCAAACGUAACCGCGGCCGCGGACCACCAUCGACGGCUUGAGGAAGUACUUCUCACUCAACGCUCACUUUUCUAAAAACCCCAAUAGAGUUACUGACGUUUCGCCGUUGUUUUUGUCGGAGCUCGUACGGUUAAUCAAAGUCUUCCAAUAUGGACUUGGACGACCUGGACGAGCCUAGCCAGGCUCCUUCUCGAGUCUCCAGGUUCGCGCCCAAGUCCUCUAAGUUCAAACCAAAAUCCAAAACGGAAUCGAACUCCACUCAGGAGCCCGUCGACUCGGUUACGAAGCGUGAAUUCGAACUGCCAGCUUUGAAACCUGAGCCUCAGGAAUUGAAGGUGAAGAAGAAUGAGGAGGAAAUCUGUACGGCGCCGAAGACUGAGUACUUGGCUGAAAAUGGGCAUGUGAAAAUGGAGGCGGAGCCGAUGGCCGAAGCUAAAGAAGAACCGCAAGAAAAUGAUUCGAUGGAUGUAGACGCAAGAGAAGAUACUGUUGUUCGAGAAAUUGAUGUCUUUUUCAAUCCUAAAAUGGAUGAAGAUACUCAGCUAUAUGUUUUGCAAUAUCCUUUAAGGCCUCGUUGGAGGCCGUAUGAAUUGGACGAGCGAUGUCAAGAGGUGAGGGUUAAGCCUGGCAGUGGUGAAGUGGAGCUUGAUUUGUCCAUGGAUGUUGAUUCCCAGAAUUAUGACCAAGAUUGUGGUACCAGACUAAAGAUGACAAAGCAGACUUUGUGUAGUUUAUGGAAGACACCUCGAGCAACUGGCUACACUGUUGGAGUUUUGAUGGGUAAUAAAUUACACCUCAAUCCUAUUCAUGCAGUUGCACAGCUUCGUCCAUCACUAAAUCAUUUGAGUUCUGGUGGCUCCAAAAGGAAGGAUAAUGUUACAGGAGAUGCUGAAGAUAAAACUAAAUUAGAGGAAUCUAAACCUGUUGGUUCAUCAAAGAAGCAGAUUAAGGUGAAUUCAACGGAGCAGAAAACUGCAGACGGGGAGUGUUGGGUUCCACUCAAGUACCAUGGCUCCGACACUGAAUUUUCAUCCACAUAUCUACGAAGAAUGGUUGCUCAAGAGUCUUCGCCUUUACAGUUUACGAUGAGCGCGAGUGAUUACAUUAACUCAUUGUGUCCUGGAUCCAUCAAGAAUGUUGAUAAGCCCAAAGGCCCUUCAAAGAGGUUGUUGCUUUCACUGCCUCUAGAAGAGCGUAUUAAGAAAUUACUUUGUGAGGGACCUGCUGUUCACCGAUUCAGUGCUCUUAAGCAUUAUGCUCUUGAUUGUAAAACAGAAGAGAUUCUGGAUGUUCUUCAGAAUCACGCUUUAUUAGUGCAAGGUUUCUGGGCUCCUAAGAGUUCGUUGUUAUUUACUGCUAAAGAGGAUGCCAUUCGGCGCAUAGCUAGGGAUUACGUUCUUCUUUUAUUCUGGAAGAGUCCAGUUAUCACCGCUUCAUCUUUACAUUGUCCGACACCUCUUAAAAACACAGUGAACCAAUUCCUGAAGAUUUUUUCUGUUGAAAGACCUAAAGUUAAAGAUUGGAAAUUUAAAGAGCAUACAGAUACUUCAUUUUUGAAACUCUAUCCCGACAUUGUUAAGAAGCAAGAACAGGGUUGGGAAGAUGUGGAGAGACGUAUCAUGAAUAAUUUUGGAGAUGGAAAAUCUGCACGUGGUGCAAAGAAUGUCGCCAUGACUAGUAGGCCCGUGAGAUCAUUGACUUCUGUGACGACUGUUACAAAAGGUGCAAGUGAAGUUUUCACGGGGACAAACAUUCCAGAUGAUAUUCGAGAAGCUCUAUCAUCAAAGGUCCUCCCUAAAGUUAUACAAGAUCACAAGGUUUGCAGCUUUCAGCUGAUAUGUCAAGGCUUACGUGAUUUGGCACUUAAUAAAUUAAAUCUGCCAAAGGCAGAUGCCAGAUUUGUAAGGGCGGCAGCAUAUGGUACUGAUGCUCCUGAUGAGCUGCGGAAACUUGUAGAUCAUGUUGCAAUCAACAUUCAUGAUCUAUACGUCUUGAAGUCAUCUCCAGAGUAUCCACAAUAUGAUCCAUUCAGGAAUGUUGUGAUUGAUCUUCUACGCCAGAAUGGACCCAAUGCGAAACUUAAAAAAGCUGAAAUUUUUGAUGCUGCUAAGAAAUCACUAAACAGGGACAUAAAUACCAACGAGUAUAGUAAGGUCAUGAAUGAAAUUUGUGUAUUCAAAGGGUCAUUUUGGAUGUUGAAAAGUGGGGAUGGCAAUCCAAAAUGAUAUUCCGACACUAUCCUGUAGAAUCACAGAGAAAAUACUCGCCAAGGCAAAGCUGCCAUCCAAAGUUUUGAAGGUUAUACUACUUCGUCUCCUUCCUCUCACAUGUGCACGAACUUAAGUUUCUCUACCUUGGAUUCAUCAAACUCACUGGCGACUCAUGACAUGAAUACCAGAAGUCAGUUUUCUGCAAUUGUUUUUAGAAUAGAUUUGAUAAAGUAGGAGUAACAAAGGAGGAAUUGAUACCCCUUCUCAUGUUGUCUCUGCCUUUCUUCUCUUUUCAAUGGUACAUUUAUGUUCUCAUUUGUCUUUCUAGUUCUCUAAACUUUGUGGAUUAGUGUUGUAUAAGUGUGGCUUUUAACAUUAACACCAGAAAUCCCAUACAGGCCAUUCUUUGUAUAUUCUUGUCUUCUUUGGAGGUUUCACUUGAAAAGAAAGAUUCUUAUCCCUCUA